AUGGAAAACUUACCGGAAUCGGAAACACCUUUCGAUGUGUUUGUUUUAACCUGCGAAAUCGGUGGAGUAGACGUUGGGGAUCUGAGGGAGCGUAUGGAAGACUAUGUCGGACGGGUGAAAGAGAUGAGGAUAUUGGAUGAGAAGGCGGUGGAGAAAGAACAGGAAGAAUCGAUUUUGUACACACACACACAACACACACCAGCCAGACGCCUCUCUGUCUCUCUUUCUCUCUCUAGAAAACGAUUCCGAUCGGAUUAG